UUUCCAGCCUUUAAAGAUCCCGCAGGCACUUCAAGAGGCGCUUCCUUACAAUCUUAAACCUAAGACUGCUGCUCAAGAUAUAGAUCCAACUUCUGGCAGAGUUGCUGUUGUGUUAGAUCAUAAAGAACGGAAGGUUGCUAAUCUAUUCAAAAUGCUACAUGAGCUCCAUGGUGAGAAGUUAAGUAAGAUGGAAGAGGAAAAGAGAAGAAGAAUGAAUAAGUUUAGUAAACUCAAGACAGGAGAAGAGGAGAGAAAACUGAAGAAACAGAAGGAAGCAAGGAAACAGAUAUCCAGAACAAUUAACAAGAACUUGCUGCAUUAA